UGAGGCUGCGCAGAGCUCCACCGCCUGCUCCCUGUGUUUCUACUGUUGUCCAAAGCUAACGGAGAGCACUGGGAUCUUCAGUGUUGAAUUGGAAAACAGAUUAAAUAUCUCCUGAUAGACUACCCUGAGUGAGGGGAAAAAGAGAAGGAGGAGAGGGAGAGCUGCAAAGGAGGAGAAGAGACACAAGACGAGAAGAGGAGGAGGACGGGGAGAAACCAUCGGGACAGUAUAAUGCUGCAGAUUUGACUGAAAGAUGUCCAAAGUAAAUGCGGAAGCGACCAACAUGCUCCCCAUCCUCAAGAAGAAGCUGGCCUUUCUGUCAGGGGGCAAAGACCGGCGCAGUGGUCUGAUCCUGACCAUCCCUCUCAGUUCAGAUCAGACCAGCAUGGAGGAGCUCAGCGCCACAUUGGACUACCUGCUCAGCAUCCCCAGUGCAAAGUGUAAAGCUCGGGGUUUCACCGUCAUCGUGGACGGACGGAAGUCUCAGUGGAACAUCGUGAAGACUGUGGUGCUCAUGUUGCAGAAUGUGAUUCCGGCCGAGGUGUCGCUGGUCUGCGUGGUGAAGCCAGAUGAAUUCUGGGAUAAGAAGGUCACACACUUCUGCUUCUGGAAGGAGAAAGACCGCCUGGGCUUCGAGGUGAUCCUGGUUUCGGCCAAUAAGCUGACUCGUUACAUUGAACCCUGCCAGCUAACUGACGAUUUUGGAGGAAGUCUCGACUACGACCACAACGACUGGCUCAACAAAAGACUGGUUUUUGAGAAGUUCACUAAGGAGUCGACGUCACUGCUGGAUGAGCUGUCAAUUAUCAACGACGGUGACAAGAGCAGUACAGUGGACAAGGAGAAGUCAGCUGACUGCGCCCUCUUGCCGUCGUUCGACCCUGAGACUGUCCUUCAGACUGGUCAUGAGCUGCUGUCGGAGCUGCAGCAGCGUCGUUUUAACGGCUCGGAGGGAGGAGGAGGAGGACAGGGAGGUCCAUGGUGUCCCAUGGAGGAGGAGCUGCUGGCUCAGCCUCAGGUGAUGAAGCUGCUGGACUCGCUUAGGGAGCAGUACACCAGAUACCAGGAGCUCUGCAGGCAGCGAAACAAACGCAACCAGCUGGACGAGAUCCAUGCCAAGGUCAUGCAGGUGGUCACCUGGCUGCAGGGUCCAGGUUCAGAGCUGUUGAAGACUCAGCAGGCGAUCGGAGACUCUAUGCGAGCGGCUCAGACGCUGCAGCAGAAGCACGAGGAGAUCGAGAGCCAGCACAGUGAGUGGUUUGCAGUGUACGUGGAGUUGAACCAGCAGAUCGCUGCCUUGCUCAGUGCCGGGGAGGAGGAGGAGGUGGUGGAGCUGAAGGCGCUUCAGCAGCAACUGAGUGACGUCUGCUACCAACAAGCAGCUCAGCUGGAGGGUCGACAGAAUGUCUUGCAGGCUGCGCAGGGCUUCCACAGCACCACACAGGAGUUGUCCCAGCUGUUGGACGGUCUGCUGGGCAUGCUCUGUGCUGAUGUGGCUCCAGCUGACGGAGCUUCGAUUCAGCAAAACCUCAAAUUGUUGGAGGAGAAGCUGCAGACUGUCGAAGCAGGUCUUGCUUCUUUGCGUCAGAAGGGGGGGCAGUUAAUGGAGCAGAUGUGCACGCAGCCGCCGUGGCCUCUGGAGGAAACGGAGAGUCCCGCUGGAGAACAGCAGGACAACGCACAGCACAUCCAGGCUGUGAUGGAGGAGAUGCAGCUCCGCAAGCAAAGGUGUGAGGACAUGGUGGAUGUGAGGAGACUGAAGAUGCUACAGAUGGUCCAACUGUUCAAAUGCGAAGAAGACGCAUUACAGGCAGUAGAGUGGCUUGGCGAGCUGUUGGACGCCCUUUUGAAGACUCACGUGAGACUGGGCGACGACUCUCAGGAGAACACGACCAUGUUGGACAAACACAGGAAGUUUGUGGACGUUGCUCAGAGCACCUAUGAUUACGGCCGGCAGCUGCUGCAGGCGACCGUCGUCCUCUGUCAGUCUCUGCGCUGUACGACGCGCUCGUCCGGAGACACUCUGCCGAGACUCAACAGAGUCUGGAAACAGUUCAGCGUCAGCGCUGAGGAGAGACAACAGAGACUAGAGCUGGCUCUGAAUUUCCACACCGCCGCAGAGAGGGUGUUGCAGCAGGAAUGUGUGGACCCAGAGUCUCUGGAUGAAGUCGACUCUUCUGGGAAAACUCUGCUGGAUAGACUGACCAUGCCUGUUAUCUUCCCUGAUGGGACCGAGCAGUACUUUGGGAGUCCCAGCGACACGGCAGCGGCAGCUGAGGGCGUCAGGGAGCGCCUCCUGUUGGUGGAGGAGCGAAGGCUGCAGCUGCAGGAAGAGGUGGGGCUUCACAAUGACGAAGAGGAGGAGGAGGAAGAAGAAGAAGAAGAAGAAGAAGAAGAAGAGGAGGAGGAGGUGUUAAACGGACAGGAGGCCCGACUGGACGUGAUCGGAGAGGAACUGAGUGAGAAAGAGGAGCAAGAUGAGGAAGAAGAAGAAGAGGAGGCAGGGCAGCAGGAUGAAGACUUGCAGAGGGCGACGCAGGACUGCUAAUGGAUCGCUGAUGACGUUAAACAGAGCGGCCUUAAUGAAGCUCGUUAACGUAGGGCUGCUGAUUAAUCGGUUGCUUCCGUCUCCCUGCAGCAGUAGGUUAUUCUCACUGCUGGUAUUUCUUUAUAUUGAGACUACAUCAGCCUCACAGCUUACCCUAAAUACAUCCGUUCAGCAGAACCGCUGUCUGCCCUGGAACAACGGCGCCCUUUUAACGUUUUUUCUGCCAUUAAGCGAUCCAGCCGAUUUCACAAAUGUAAAAUACUGGAAUUAUUAAUAUUCAUAUCUCUGGAAGCUGUUGAUGACGAUCAACUGUAAAAUAAUCAGUUUGGAUAAGAAUACUUCUAAUGUACAGCUAACGCCACCUCCUCUUUCCCAGCAUGCCUCUUGUUCAUCUAAGUGGGUGGAGCUUCCAUGGUGCUAACAUGGUUUCUGUCUGUGCCUCCUCCGACGUCUCGCCUUUCUAGCUUCCUCGCCUUUUAUUUCCCUCCAGACAAAAGAUGAACUUCGUGGCCUGUACAGGAAGAAGGGCGGAGCUACAGUAUAUCAGGUGUGCCGCGACCUGAUCCUAUUCCUGCUUCGACGGUGCCGUACGUUUCUCCCAUAGAUAUGUCAGGUGACAUGCAGCUCUGGCAUGAACAUGAAACUCUUGAUUGUAUCACUUGUAAAAAAAAAUAAGCCGAAAGAAAAAUCUGCUUUAUUGACAAAAACUUUUAAGAUACAAUGUAUAGAAACUUGAGAAGAGAAAACUACAAGUCCCAAAGAGCACCUGCGAAAUAACGAGAAACAACAUCCAACUAUCUGUGAAAUCCUCUUGCAAGCCAUCUGGGGAAAUGAAUCGAUUCCCGCCAAAAUUUGAUGUCUUCCAUAAAAGUCUAAUUGAAAAUUAAAUUCUCCUCCUAUCCGCCUCAUUCCUCGCUCCGUGUCGGGUAUGCUUCAUUUUUCUCAGAGAUUUUGGGGUGAUAAAUGAUGAGCCUGUCGCACCUUAAACAAGAAUAUAUGAUUUUACCUCUGCCGUCUAUUACCGAGGAUGAGGAUGGAUCAUUACAUUUUGUGCACCAAAUAUAAAAAAAUUCACGGGCUCAUUAUUUUUGGCAAUUCAAUAUUUUACCAAAUAAAUACUAGUACAUGGAAACACACCAUGGAGAGUUCAAUUGAUCUUAUAGCAAAAUGUAACUUUUUUUAAAAAUGAUUUGAUGUUUCUUAGUCAGUAGGAUUGAACAUUUUACCCAGAGGCUCCGAUCACUUCGCUGCUCUAAAUAAACCCUCUGCCUUCAUGAUGGAUAAGCUGUGCCACUUUGCUCUGAUCCACACUGACAUCAUAUUACAACAGAUUCCUUUUUCUAUUUAUUUGACUUUUUUCAAGCAAACCUUGUUGUUGGUUGGUAUUUUUGACCAAUAACUGCUGCUGUAAGUGUAGCCGCUAAAUACUGUGUCUUGCUUUCUGCCCUCUCCGUCCAGUAAUAUAUACAUGACAUCAUCCUCUAAAUAAAGAAGAGUUUUGAAGUUUG